AUGCUCGUUCUGCCCCUCUGCCUACUGCUGGUGGUUGUUGACGCGCAUCGGCUAUCCUUGACGGGUCACAGACGCGACCCAGCACGAGCAUGGACCAAUAGACUCGGUCGCAGAGCGGCCCUAGUUGGCGUCUCCGACCUUAACGACAAGUCGGACGUCGAGUAUACCACGAAAUUGACCUUGGGAGGGAACGAAUAUAAUGUGGUGGUGGAUACGGGAAGUUCUGACUUAUGGGUUUCCGGUGAUGUGAAGAAGGCAAGUGAUACCGGGAAAGGUACAACAGUCACAUAUGCCGUCGGCGAAGUGCAAGGACCUAUCAGGCUCGCUGACAUGGAGUUAGCUGGCUACACCACGGUACAGCAGGCUUUCAUCCAGGUAUCAACGAAAUCACGCCCAAAGGGGACGGGUCUCCUAGGUCUUGGACCUAAUGUCGGGUCAAACAUCUUCUACGCUCUGGGCGGGGCUUCCGGCGUCGCGCCUAUGGAUCGAAUAUUCAUGCAGAACACCUCCACACCAACCUAUACCACGAUCAUGCUUGGUAGAUCUCACGGCUCGUCUGAUACAAUGCCAGGAGAAUUCACCAUCGGCGAGACCGUCUCAGGAUGGGAUGCCAUCCAUUCGCAACCGAUGUUGCCCGUCACGAUCGUUGACCAGGCCUCGAGCGCAGGCUAUCAACACUGGCAGACCACGCUCGAUGGGAUCGUCGGGCCCGGAGGUUCCUUGAUUACGCUCAAUCGCUCCUUGACGGCGGCGUUUGACACAGGAUUCACACUAUCCCCUGUUCCCGACUAUGUUGCGGAGCAAAUAUACUCCAAUGUUUCACAAGCGAAGCUCGAAACCGUCCAUCCAUAUGGCGAAGUGUGGACUUUGCCGUGCGACGUCGAGCUGAACAUGACGAUGCAGUUUGGGAGUGUCCAUAUACCCAUUCACCCCUUAGAUACCAACUUCGAUGCAGGCCUUAAACAUAAAUGCAUUGGUGCCUUUCAGCCCAUCACCGGGAACGCAACUGCCGACACCGGUAACUGGGAUAUGAUUCUCGGGAUGUCUUUCCUUCGCAAUGUGUACCUGCUGAUCAACUACGGCAACUUCAUUCCUUGCUCCACAUCUCCCUGUCUUACUCGCGACGACCCCUACGUGCAGCUCAUGGCCACAACAACAAAUCCGAGCGUCGUGCACGACGACUUCGCCCGCGCGCGACUACACUCUCAUUCUCUACCGUUACCGAUCUGGGCCAUCGUCGUCGUUGCCAUCGGGGUCGCCUGCCUGAUAGCUGGAGCCAUCGUCGUCGCCAGGGUCAUCCACCGACGGAAGAAACAACGAACGAUGGCUAUGAUCCAGCUUGCUCCCAGCGACAGCAAGUCGCGAGGUGCCUACAGUGCCGUUGACGGGGAGAUUGAUGGCGAGAUAGACGGACGUCCCCGCCGGCCGGAGACUGGACACUUGCGAUCUGCCAGUCUAGGCUUCGACAUUUUGGGCGGAGAAACCCUUUCUUCGCGUUAUUCACGCUAUCCUUCAUGGUCAGGGGCCGACACAACAUUGAGAGCGUGAACGAUUUGCAUUGCGAUUGCGACGAUCUAAUGAUACAUAUGAAGAGUGUGCUUGCGUCUAUCUGUCUAAUCUAGGGUCUUAGGGAUGCAGGUUGUGUAUAACAAUACAAUAUGUCAGGACGUUGCUUGCAUUGUGAAUUGCAUGCGCAUGCACGAUUCAUUGCCGCUUGGGAAGGCUGUCAAUGACCUGCAUCUCCUCUAAGCUGACAGUGGCUUUCCAGAAGCCCAUGAUUGACUCGUCCUCAUCGAUAUAUCUGAGUAGGGUCUCCGCUUCGACCGGCUCCGGCGCGGAUGAACUCUGCUCUGCACAGAGCCCGAGGUAUGCGGCCACGAUCGACAUAGCGUCGCCCGGCCUCAAGCCAGACGUGGAGAUGAGCACAGCAGUGGUGGAUUGGUCCUGUUUCUGGCAAUCCUUGAGCUUAUCGGGAUUCGUGAUAUCAUGAACCCGGUGGCCCAAGGCAUCGACAACCCAGCUUCGCGCAGCGACGAGCUGUUCCGUCGAGAGAAGGUCGGCGGGUUUAGAGAUGCAGCGAGAGGGAACGGUGAGACGAAGCCGGUGCGUGCCGUCUUCGUCGGUUGAAUGCUCGACGUUCGGCUCCGAGCGUUGCGAAGCGCGGCCGGGGCGACCUCGUUCCGGGGAGACAUUGAUGACGUGCGUGAAGCGCGGGAUGGCUUGAGUGUUGCGGGAUCCCUCCUCGGCACCUCCGGCGAAGGCGACGUAGAGGCCGUCAACAAGGCGCUGAGCGCAACUGCCAACGUCAACGAUCUUCUCUACGACCGGCUCUUCGACAGGGACGGGGGCGGCAGCGGCAGCCUCUCCGGCUUCAGCGGCGUCAUCAUCGUCGAAGAGGAUGACGCGCUUCUUCUGGCCGUUGCGGCGGCGGGGAAGGCGACCGCGCUCGGGGCCAAUGGCACCCUUGGCGGCAACGACGAUGGCGGGCGCAUUGGCCGUGAAGUGGGUAUCGAUGGUGAGCUUGAAAGGAAUGCGCUCGCGCAGAGGUCUUGGGGUUCCUACUUGGAGAUGGGAGGGUGGGACGGUCAAGCUGGGUGGCGGCGCAGGCAGGGUGGCGAGCAUGGCGACAGGGAUAGGUGCAAGCACGGAGAGCAUGUUGGACAGCAGAGAGAGCGGGUGAUUAGAGAUUGGUGAGAGGAUGCGGCGCUCCAGGCGUGUAUGACAGUGAUAAGAUCUUGGUCGAUGAGGGUUUCGACGGUGGUGUGAGUUCGAUUGUCGUGCACGUAGAAGACCUUCGCUUUUUCGUGAGUGGAUGGGUCUUGUAUUUAUAAAGAAAAGAUACUCGUGUUUGCAUUGAGGACGCGGAA